AUGACAAUUGGAAGUCUUGCACCUGAGGCAGAGAAUAUGAAAAUAAGGAAGAAGAGAGAAGUUGGUGAUGUGAAUGCACCUUUGUUACCUAAGUCUCAAGAAACAGAUGGCGAAUUUCAUGAAUUUAAUGGAGCUUCAUUUUCUGGGGCUGUUUUCAAUUUGUCCACCACAGUUAUUGGUGCUGGGAUCAUGGGCUUGCCUGCUUGCGUCAAAAAGUUGGGGAUGGUGCCCGGUCUUCUUGCCGUAAUCCUAACAGCAUUAUUGACUGGGAAGUCAAUUGAGUUCAUGAUCAGGUUUUCAAGGGCCGGAAAUCUUUCUUCCUAUGGAAGUCUUAUGGGGGAUGCCUUUGGUAAAUACGGAAAAGCACUGAUAGAGACAUGUGUUGUAAUCGCUAACGUUGGUAUUCUAAUUGUUUACAUGAUUAUUAUUGGUGAUGUGAUUUCUGGAACUGCUUCAAGUGAAAUUCACCAUUCUGGUAUCCUUGAAGGAUGGUUUGGUGUUCAUUGGUGGACUGGGCGUACAUUUGUUCUUGUUUUCACAACACUUGCUGUGUUUGCACCUUUGGUCAGCCUUAAGCGAAUUGAUUCGUUGAGAUUCACAUCUGCAUUGUCAAUUGGGUUAGCAGUUGUUUUCCUUAUCAUUGCUGUGGGGAUCUCAAUUUUUAAGAUUAUAAGUGGAGGCAUUGGGAUGCCAAGACUCUUCCCAAUCAUUACUGAUGUAGCUUCGGUUUUUGAUCUAUUCACUGUAACCCCUGUGGUGAUGUCAGCCUAUAUCUGUCACUACAAUGUUCAUAACAUAGAUAAUGAACUGGAGGAUUCUUCAUGGAUGCCUGGGGUUGUUCGUACUUCCCUUACACUGUGCUCUUCAGUCUACGUACUGACAAGCUUCUUUACGUUCCUUCUAUUUGGGGAAGAAACUCUUGAUGACGUGCUUGCCAAUUUUGAUGCAAAUCUUGGAAUUCCUUUUGGUUCUGUGCUCAAUGACAUUGUUCGUAUUAGCUAUGCUGCGCAUCUUGUGCUUGUAUUUCCUGUAGUUUUCUAUGGAUUAAGGGUCAACAUUGCUGGUCUGAUAUUUCCCUCGUCAAGAAGGCCUUUGGUUGCCGAUAACUUCAGAUUUUCAUCAAUUACGAUUGGUCUUGUUGUCUCUAUCUUCCUGGGAGCAAAUUUCAUACCUAGCAUUUGGGAUAUUUUCCAGUUCACUGGAGCAACUGCUGCUGCUUGUGUAGGAUUCAUAUGUCCAGCUGCAAUCACUCUUAGGGAUAAAUACAACAUAGCAACUAAAACAGACAGGAUUCUGGCUAUACUUAUGAUAAUCCUUGCAGUCUUGUCAAAUGCUGUGGCUAUAUACAGUGAUGCCAUUGCCUUGAUCAAGAAGAAUAAAACUUAA